AUGUCAAAACAUCCGACAGUUAUAUUGCUACUACUAAUCGCUGCGGUUGCAAAAUUUGUAACGGCCGUUCAAGAUUUGCCGGACAACUUCCUCAAGUGCAAACGCGAUGCGAACUUUGACAAGUGUCUGGUGGAUGCUGUUAAUCAUGCAAUACAAGUGUUAAGAGCUGGAAAUAAAGAAUUCGGCAUUCCGCCGCUUGAGCCGCUGUCCGUGAAGAAACUCGUUAUAGACGCCGGUAAUGCGCCCAUAAAUCUUCGUCAAGCCUUGAAAAAUGUGAAGGUGCACGAUAUGAUCUCGACCAGCAAGAUACAGCGGUACAGAACCGAUUUGGACAAACAUUUAAUAAUCUGUGAUAGCAAGACCGAUCGCAUUGAAAUGAUAGGUGAUUACGAAAUGUCUGGUCGCAUUCUACUGCUGCCCAUUACGGGUCAUGGCAAGGCUAAUAUUACGCUUAUCAAUACCAAAAUCGAGCACCGACUGAUUGGAGAACCCUUCGAAAAGGAUGGUGUUAAGUAUAUGCGUCUCAAGGAGUAUCGCGUUGCUUUGGAUCCUAAACGCGUUUACAUGCACUUCGAGAACCUUUUCAAUGACAAAACCCUAUCUGAGGGUAUGAAUCGUUUUCUGAACGAGAACUGGGAGACAGUGUUUAGCGAACUGAAGGUGGGCUACGCCAAGAGCUUUGGUCUGGUGUUCCGUGAACUCUCAAACAAAUUAUUUGAGAAAGUACCUUUUGAUAAUAUAUUUUUAAGUUAG